AUGAAGGUUGCAGCGAUCACCGUGGCAUUUGCUGCCGGGUCUGCUCUUGCGUCCGCGCCAGUGUUUCCAUCAAAUACCCAAUGGAAGAAGACGCUUUUCCUCGACGACUUUACUGGACGAUCCGGCACGACCUUCGAUGGCACCAAAUGGCAAGCUGCGACCGGCACUAGCUAUCCAGGUGGCCCUCCAGCAUGGGGAACAUGGGAGGUCCAGACAUAUACAAAUUCCGUGAACAACGUUCGUCACGCAGGAAACAGCGAGCUGUGGAUUGUCCCAAGAAAGAUCAAUGGCAACUGGACAAGUGCUCGUCUCGAAACAAGACAAUCAAACUUCAAAGCCCCAGCUGGCGGCAAGCUGCGCGUCGAAGCAAGAAUCAAAAUGCCCGACGUUAGCGGUUCCACUGCUGCCGGAUACUGGCCGGCCUUCUGGGCUCUCGGGGGAUCUUUCAGAGGCAACUACUGGAAUUGGCCUGCGGUCGGAGAGAUCGACAUCAUGGAGAAUGUCAACGGUCAAAACAGCGUGACAAAUGUCAUCCACUGCGACAAGAACCCAGGAGGAAUUUGCAACGAGGCGACAGGUCUGGGCGGCACUUAUUCCUGCGAUGGAGGCAGAUGUCCCGGCAGCUACCACGUCUACCAGUUGGUCAUUGAUCGCUCGGUGAAGCCUGAGCGCAUGCGAUUCUACGUCGACUCGCGUAUGGUGCGGGAGGUUUUCCAGUCUACGCUUGGAAGUGUUUGGGAUCAGACUGUCAACCAGGGAUUCUACCUGAUCCUCAACGUGGCGAUCGGUGGUGCUUUCCCGGAUGCCGUUGCUGGAUCCAAGACUCCUACUGCCAGUACCGUCGGCGGACGCCAGAUGGCUGUUGAUUAUGUUGCUGUUUGGUCGACGUAA